UCCCAUAACCUGACAGAGAGCCCAUUGUUAAUUUAAUCUGAUUAACUGUAAUACAAUUGUUUAUUAUAAGUUUUUAAUGUCAUAAUAUAAUUUUUACUAUUUAUAAUAAGGUCUAAACAAGUAUUCUAACAUUGUGUACAUAUGUAUGGAUAAAAUCUGCCCUGAUGUCUGAAAGAGAAAGAAUCAAAUUUAUGCACAAUUAUUGCAAGAUAGCAGAAGACCAACAAAAUAGUGGAGUUUCUGAUAAUUUAGCUAGAAAUAGUGAUGAUUUAUCAGAAGAACAAAUAAAAUAUUUAGUUGAAAAUUGUUCAGAACCACUAGUUAUCCUGAAUCAAUUAAAAUGGAAAAUAUUAAAGUGGGAUCUGGGGGAUUGGUGCUCUAUUUUGGAGAAUGAAGAUUUGCCAUGCAGGUGUGGUAAAAAUGUAUAUUCGAAGUGCCCUCAGUGGGAAACAAUAACUUCAAAGAAAGUCCUAAAAAUAAGUAAUUUUGUAGAAUUAAGGAAUUCUAAGGAUCCCAAGGAAUGGAUCUACUUUGAUUACAAAUAUCUUAAAGACUGGAUUAUAAAUAAGGAGAAAAUAAAGAAGGAUAUUACAUGGAAAAGUUUUGGAUAUCCAGAUUUAGGAUGGCAGGAAAGUACAAUUUGGAUUGGUACUGAAGGAGCUCAUACACCUUGUCAUGUUGACACAUAUGGAUGUAAUCUUGUAGCUCAAGUUUUAGGCAGAAAGUUAUGGUGUUUGUUUCCUCCAAAUGAAAACUUACUUCCUACAAGAGUGCCAUAUGAAGAGUCCACAAUAUUUUCUGAAAUGAAUUUUUUCUCACCACAGCCCAACAAAUUUAAAGGUAUUGAAAGCUGCCGUAAAGUAAUACUGAAUCCUGGAGAUGUCCUUUUUGUGCCGCACGGAUGGUGGCAUUAUGUUGAAAAUCUGGAAUUUGCCAUUAGUAUAAAUACCUGGCUCCCAACAGUAAACUGAAAUUUAUUUAUUUACUUAUUUAUUCCAGUGGGGAGAACCCCCUUCAAUAUGUAAAUUAGAAAAAAAUAUUUAUAUAAGUUUAAGUUUUCAAAUAAGUCACUACAUUUAUACAAAACAAUAAAUAUGUAUCAUUUAAUUAUAACCAAAAUUUAUUCUUGAGACAUUUUCCGGGCUGAGUUGCCGUGGUCCAGGGUCUAAUUUGGUUUGAAGUUCCAAACGUUUCAUCUUCUACUGCUGAUGACAUCUUCAGUGGCGAGAUCGAAGUUUUCUUUUAGAAAGUUCAGCACUCGUUGCUAAGAUGUCUGCAACAGAAACCGAAACGUCUGGUACCUUAAACCAAAUUAGACCACGGCAACUCAGUCCGGAAAAAGACCUAAGAAACCCUUCAUUAUAAAAUUAAAAUUUAUUCAUAUGUAAACAAAAUUGUAGAUUAUUUGACUGAAUAAUAUAAGCUACCAAAUAAUUCAAACCUUUCAGAAUUAUCAUUGUACAUGUACACUGUACACAUUUAGGUUUCUAUUUUAUAUAGGACAAAUUUAAAUAAUAUAUUAAAUAUCGCCUUCAGUUAAUACUUUUUCAAGGAUCGAGAUGAAGAAAAAAGAUUGGAGGAGUCUCUUGUAAAAAUGAUAAUGUUGCAGUUUGAAAGAGAAUUAUCUGGUGACGAAAAAAAGUUUAUUAUUAUAGGGGAUAAUACAAGAAAU